AUGGGCUUGCUAUUUUUUCACCCAUUAUUAAUCCUUCUCUUUUUCACAUCUUUAUUCUUCCUCUAUAAAUGGCUCGGUUUCAAUGCAUCCAUGAGAAGAAACUUACCCCCAUCUCCCCCAAAGCUGCCAAUACUGGGGAACCUUCACCAACUCGGCAUGUACCCUCACUGUACACUUCAAUCCCUGUCUCGGCAAUAUGGCGAGCUUAUGUUGCUUCACCUUGGAAGCAAGCCAACUCUUGUUGUAUCAUCUGCAAAUGCUGCUCGAGAAAUCAUAAAAAUAAAUGACAUCAAAUUCUCUAACAGACCUCAGUCAAUAAUCAGCAAAAGGCUAAUAUAUAACAGACAAAAUGUGGCUGGAGCUCCUUAUGGAGAAUACUGGAGACAGAUGAAAAGUAUAUGCGUGCUCCAGCUUUUGAGUAACAAAAGAGUUCGAUCCUUCCAGAAUGUGAGAGCAGAAGAAGUUGCCCUAACAAUAGAAAAGAUCAAAAAGUCGACAUCAGCUGUGAAUUUGAGUGAAAUAUUUAUGACAUUUACAAAUGACGUGAUAUGCAGGGUGGCCUUCGGGAGAAAAUACAGUGGAGAGGAAGAUGGUGCCAAGUUCAAGGAAUUGUUGAAAGAGUUUGUGAAGCUUCUAGGUACAUUUACGGUGAGUAAUUUUAUACCCUGGCUGGCUUGGAUUGAUCAACUGAAUGGGUUGCACAGUAAGGUGAACAAACUUGCCAUAGAGUUCGAUGAGUUUCUUGAGGUAAUAGUUGAAGAGCAUAUGGAUCGACAAGACAAGGAAAGAAAUGGUGCAGCAAGUGAGAAAGAAAGGGUGAAAGAUUUUGUGGACGUUCUACUCCAGGUUCAAAUGGACAACACAGCUGGUUUUCCUAUCAAUAAAGACAGCAUCAAAGCUCUCAUAUUGGACAUGUUUGCUGGUGGAACUGAUACAACAUAUACUGUCUUAGAAUGGGCAAUGACAGAGCUUCUAAGGCAUCCUACAGUAAUGAAAAGACUGCAAGAAGAAGUGAGAGAUAUUACCAGGGAACACGCAGAUGUAUCUGAAAAAGAUCUGGGAAAAAUGCAGUACUUGAAAACAGUGAUCAAGGAGACACUUCGACUACAUCCACCAAUUCCAUUGCUGGUGCCUCGUGAAUCAACUCAAGAUGUCAAAAUUAAUGGCUAUGACAUUGCUGCUGGGACAAGAGUCAUAACCAAUGCUUGGGCAAUUCAUCGCGAUCCAGCAACAUGGGAAGAUCCUGAGGAGUUCCAUCCAGAAAGGUUCUUGAAUUCUUCAAUAGAUUUCAAAGGGCAAGACUAUGAACUAAUUCCAUUUGGGUCCGGCAGGAGAGGCUGUCCAGGGAUCUUAUAUGCCAUUGCCAACAUUGAGCUCAUUCUAGCAAGUCUCUUAAGUAAGUUCAACUGGGCUUUGCCUAGGGAAGAAAACAUUGAGACUUUGAAUAUGAGACAACGUACUGGACUCACAAUCCACAGGGAAGUUCCUCUUUUUGCUGUUGCAACUUCUCAUACUUGGCAAUCUGAGAAAUUAGGAUGA